GAAGACUGCCUCUAUCUCAACAUUUUCACGCCGUACGAGAUUUCUGAUCCGGUGAAAAGGUACCCUGUUGUAUUUUACAUCCACGGAGGCAGUUACAUAAGUGGGUCAGGUCAUAUUUACAACGGGAAGGUCGUCUCGAUGAUGGGAGUUGUUGUGGUCACGAUCAACUACAGAUUGGACGUUUUUGGUUUUCUGACGGCAGCUGACAACAUCCUGCCGGGAAACUACGGCUUGCGUGACGUAGUGAUGGCACUCAACUGGGUGCACGACAACAUUGCACGGUUUCGUGGGGACGCCAGUAGAGUCACCCUGGUUGGACACAGUGUGGGG